AUGACACUAAAGACUAUCAACCCUAAGGAUGCAUCAUCUCUGGAUAAAGAUCUCAUGGAUACGGGGGGCUUCUCCAUCGACCAGCUAAUGGAACUAGCCGGGCUCUCUGUCUCACAGGCCGUCUACCGUGUCCACCCGCCCAAAGAUGGCUGCAACGUUCUGGUAGCCUGUGGCCCAGGAAAUAACGGAGGGGACGGGCUGGUCGCUGCCCGCCAUCUAGCACAUUACGGGUAUAAACCUACCGUGUAUUACCCUAAGCAAGGCAAGAAUGAGCUAUAUGAGCGCCUGAAAACGCAACUGAAGAAUCUUUCCGUGCCAUUCACUUCCGACUUCACUGAUUCCCUGAAAUCCUCCGAUCUAGUUGUGGACGCUAUAUUUGGCUUUUCAUUCAGCGGACCACUCAGAGACCCGUUUCCAGCCAUAAUUUCCCAGCUUGAGGAGACUAAGGUUCCUGUUCUUAGCGUCGAUGCGCCGAGCUCAUGGGACGUCGAGACUGGGCCGCCCAAAAAUGGACCCGGUUCGAAGUUUAUGCCAGAUAUACUCGUCAGUUUGACAGCCGCUAAGCCGUGCGUGAAAUGGUUUAAGGGGAGGCAUUUCCUCGGCGGAAGGUUUUUGACACCUGAUAUUGCGGGGAAGUAUGGGCUGGAUUUACCUGAGUACCCAGGUGUUGACCAGAUAGUGGAAGUUGAUGUGGAUGGAUCCGGGAAGUUGUGA